AUGCCACACAGCACCAAGCCGCAAGAUCUAUCACCCUCGGUCAAGUUAUUUGUGAUCACCACUAAAGAUGGCACAUCCCGUGCGCAAUUCAACGAGCAAGUCAAGGGGUUUGACAAUAGUGCUGGGAGCGAGAGUGUCCACGAUGCCGUCGAGUAUCAGGUGUACAGUACUUAUCUCACUCCAUCUCAGGCGGUUGCGAUGAAAAAGAUUGAGUGUGUCCGGUAUGUGUGGGAAGAGUUGGAUCUGAGGUAUGAGGAGGAUACUUAUUCGGACGACUAG